AUGGUUGCAGGAGGUGGAUCCGGUUUGGAGGCCAAGGUUGGGGCCAAUGAGUGUCCUGUUGCGAUCGAGGCCAAGUUCAUCAUCGGUGGCGUGCCCGGAUUCAUUGCCGACAUCGCUCCUGAAGUUGCCAAUGAAGCUGCUGUAUUCAUCGCUGACAUCGCUCCUGAAGUUGUUGCCGGCCUGGACCCGGAAGUGUUUGCCAACAGAGCUCCUGUAGUUACGGACGAGUCCACCAAGCUUAACGAGUUUAACGACGGCACCGUUCCUGUAGUUAUCGAGGUUGAGGCCAGAGCUGGGGCUGGGGCAAACGGCAAUCCUGUAGCCAUUGUCGACGAAGCUCCUGUACUGCCUCCCUGGAAUAAAGUGAGCAUCGAUUGGAGUUGCAUCAGCAUUUCGGGAGGGACAACCACACCGUUGAUCGGCAUGCUGGUGUGA